AUGUCUGCGAUCGGAACUCUCGUCUUCUGCACUGACUGUGGCUCCCUGCUGGAUGGCUCCAUUGGAGACCCAACCAAGAUCCUCGUUUGCGAUGUCUGUGGAGCCAGGAACAAAGACACCGUCCCCCAAACCAUCGUCUCCGAGUCCAAACCCAGCGCUUUCCCGUCGACUCUCAGAGCGAAAAGAUCUGCCGUUCAGACUUUGACAGCACAAGACAGGAAUACUGAAGCCCUUGCCCAAUAUACAUGUGUCAAGUGUGGCAGAAAGGAGAUGUACUUCACCACAGUCCAAUUGCGCAGUGCAGAUGAAGGUAGCACAGUGUUUUACAGAUGUGUCUGUGGUCACAAGGAAUCCAUGAACAACUAA